AUGACAAUUCUGAAACCUGCUCGAGGGUCCAGUCUUAACCCUUCCCAUGUAUCUGCAGACAUGCAGAUCAAUCUUCCUGAUGAACAGCCGCAACCUCCAAUGACCAGCUUCAAUCCACACCAGCAGCAGCCCACCUUUGAUGCACACAACCAGCCAAGCACAGGCCAUUCAAACUAUGGCUAUUCAGGUCCCUCAAGUGCUAGCUUCAACAGCUACAUCGGCUAUAGCAACUCACUGUCUGGUGCUGGCUAUGGCAACUCACUGCCUAGCACUGGCUACAGCAACUCAUUGUCUGGUGCUGGCUAUGGCCCAGCUGGUGCUCCCUCAAGCAUCAACUACAAUGCUCCCUUGUUCAUCUCAUCACCUGACCCAUCAGACGUAGCACCAACCCCAGUGCCAGACCCAGUGCCCAUAGUGCCAACCCAACUUACCAGACCCAUACCCUAUUGGCUGGGCGGUGAUGCUGAUGCCAAGCAUGCACUGAUAUAUGGUCCAACAGCAGAUGAAAUACCAGCUUCCAAUGUUAUACAUGUCCCACAAGAUCUUCUGAAAGAUGCUGACACUCCCAAUGCAUGCCCCCAACGCCAUCAUUGGCACCUGUCAUAUGCCAUUCCGGACUCUCAACUCUAA